CUUGAGGUCGUUCAAGCUACUAGGAAAAUAAUAACAAAGUUAUGUCAAGUAUAUUAUUUACAUAUUUUAUAGUUAAACAACCUUACAGUAUCAAGGUGCAGACUAAUUUUUAAUCUUCAAAGAGAAAACUCAUAUUGCAGAGAUAGUCAGCAAUAAUUCUGUGACUGAAAGGCCAAAAUUAUUCAUCAGAAACAAAAAAAAACAUGAAAAAUUAAUGUUUCAAUUUGCUCCAGACAAUAUAUCCCAGACGCCAAUGGUAGCUUUUUGUCUUAUUUAACUUCUUUUCUCUUACCUUUCUUUGAAGACCCAAUGAUUACAACUGAUAGCUCUCCCGAAUAUUUUCUUUUCAUCCCUAUACCGUCUUGCAGAAAAUUUCUCCCGAAAUUGGCCUGCUGAUUUUUCCAAUUGUUCACCGCUGUUCGUACCAUUUUACAGAACUCUCAGUAUUACUAUAUACCAUUCAGCUUACAAAGAACUACUGUUAUUUUGAUGCGGUGUAGAUGCAAUAAAAUUAUUUGCUUCCGCUACCUUUUCAAUUUCAGCGACUAUUUGAAAGUUAGCGCGUCAGUGAGUCCCUUCAGUUCACUGUAUUGAGACGUUUUUUUAAUUGUUUUUCAAUUAUCACUCAAAUCAACAAAACUUUAUAGUUUAAAAAAUAAUAUUUGAAGUCAAGUUAAUUAGAUUUUACAUCUUUUUCAUUUAUUCGGCGCCCAUCGGCUUAAGAGUUAUUGCUAAUGUUGAUCAAGAAAUGAGUAACGGGUCGAGUCAUUGUUGAUAGCGUUACAAGAACUCCGAGGAAACCGGGCAGCGCGCUACGAAAGUGUCAAUUUUAUUUCUGUCAAAGUGCUAUGUCGGCACUGUGUGGUUGUUUUGGUGGUCCCAAUUACAAGGGCAACAAACCGGCUCCUAAGGACAGCAAGGGACGAUCCAGUUGGGCCUCCAGCAACCAGCCGCCAUUGCAUGAAAAUGAGAACAACGCCAUCUCAAGGAAGAAACAGAAACCUGUUCCCAAACCCAAACCAAAGUACAUCCUGAGCCAGAACACUCUCAGCCAGUUCCUGGACGUGCUUUUUUUCACUCCAGAGACAGGUGGUGAAGACAUCACUGACGAGGCCACAUACCUCCCGGAUGUCACUAAGAAUCUAGUUGUCAUAAUCCCCUGGCUGAGCCCUCAAGACGACGUUCUGAUGGACUACUGCAUGUUGUAUCUGAGCUACACGACAGAUGUGAUGAUAGUGAGGUAUGGUAUACAAGACCUGUUGAAUAUGCCCCGCAUGAGAGAGAUGUCCACCGAACUGGGUGCUCUGCUGAGGAAGUACUGUCCCUCCUACAGUGCAGUCAUUUGUCAUUCCAUACAAGGUGGUACUUUUAUAAUGUGUGACCUGCUGUCGAGGAACUUGCUGGUGAACAUUUCCGGCAUCAUAGUGGAGAGGCUGGCCUGUGACUGGAUCAACCUCCCUCUGGACGGACUGGUCAAACACUCCAACUCCAUGAUGAAGAGACUCUCAUUCCGACAGGAACAUGAGCUGAGCAUGGACUUAAAAGAAGCCCUCAUGUACCCUGAAGACGAAGAAGACGAUUUCGAACCCAGUGCAGAAGGCAAUUACGGAGUCAGUUCCAGGAAAUCCGCAGACGAGAACCCAUACUUCGAGAACUACACAAAUGCACUACCCAAGCAAUUAGCCUACAAUACCAAUAUGCCCAACCAACCGAAUGGUCAUCAUAACAAUCCACCUAGUUAUCCUUCCGAAAGCCUACAAAGGAGGCCGAACGUGCGCUCAGCUAAUGUAUCUCAAUCAAAAAGUUAUCAUGUGUCGUCGAACCCAUAUGCUACGAAUUAUCAACCUCUAAGUCACUAUUCGGGCAACCAGCCGACCAAUCACUAUUCGGUCAGUUAUCACACGAACAACCCAUAUUCUGCAAACAAUCACGGUUCUCUAAACCAUUAUUCGGUCAAUCAGAAUUCGUCUAAUCAUUACAGUAUGAGAAGCAACUACUACUCAACGCACAAUCAAACAUAUGGCAGCAGUCCGACCGAAUUAUCAAAUAGAGCUUUAACAGCAGCCAACACAGCGAAUAACUCACGAAGCCAAAAAUCAGUCGGAAUAGACGAUAUUCAGCCGAGUGUGACGUAUCAUAAAUCGAUGCAGCCUCAAAGUUAUAACCCUUACAGCUAUCAGCAAAACGGUGCAAUAAAACAGCGAAGAACAAUUGCGAACGGUCCUUUAAAUGGAGGUUUUUCCCAUAACGCCGUGAACAAAUCCCAUUCAAUCGGGUCGUGGGUUCCCACUGCUCCAAACCCGAGCCAGCCCUCGCUAAAUUUAUACUCUGGUCGCAACUCGGCCGAAAGAAUUCUGGACCGAAGUGAAUAUGGACCCGCUUUAGGUCCAGACAGCAGCAUCGGACACGGUCUUUACAGUUCGAACUAUUACUACAAUACUGUUAACAGUCGCUAUAGCAUGCAGAGUUCUCACACUCCAAACGGGAACAUCUAUGGUCAAAAUCAAGCAAGUCAGAGCCAUUACGGGAGUAACUAUGGAUCUAACUACGGAAGCAAUUAUGACAGUCAUUAUGGCAGUCAUGCCUCCACACCGGGACAACUGUAUCGACAGCAUUCUCAAAGCUUCAUUGAGCAUUCUACAACAGCUAUGACAUCAUUCAGUACCAUAAUUCCCCAAAUGCGAGUUCCGGUUUUGAUUUUUGCCACUGGGAAAGAUAACUGCGAUGUGGAUGGGAUCAAAUCUAUGAUAAGUAACUGGAGAUUCCAAGGAGUUAAAGUGACACUGAGGUACUGGAAAAAGUGUCCAGGCGUCUCACUUCUGGAAAGCCACAACACUGCUUUCAUGAAGACACUCGAUGGUUUUCUAGAAGAUCACAACCUAAUAAUCCGAUCCUAGUCUUAAUAUUUGCUGUAUUUUACUCCUGUUUGCUUAUUAAUUUGAUAUACUUAAUUUGAAAGAAGUAA